GUCAAUUUUCAUUUUGCUUAUCGUGUUUGCUUCAUUUUCUGUGUUCAGAAUUUUUAUUCGGUGUGCAUAAUUCAAACUGAAUUUUAAGUAAAAUAUAACAUAAAACUUUUUUAUAAAUUAAGUAAUUUUAGUGAAAAUAUAAUGGCUAACGUGGAAUCAAUGAUCGUUGAAGAGAAGUCUCACAUAAAACCCAUUGAUCGCGAAAAGACCUGCCCACUAUUGCUACGGGUAUUCUGCUCUACUGGUCGUCAUCACUCCGUGUCUGAAUACAUGUAUGGUAAUGUGCCGAGCAAUGAAUUACAGAUUUAUACCUGGCAAGAUGCUACGCUACAUGAACUCACAUCGCUGGUGCGCGAUGUUAAUCCUGAUACGCGUAAAAAAGGAACAUACUUCGACUUCGCAAUAGUAUUUCCAAAUUUCCGGAAUAAUCACUACCAAAUGCGUGAAAUCGGUGUCACUUGUACUGGACAAAAGGGCGCAGACGAUACCAAAACAUUGGCACAAGCUAAAUUCUGCAUUGGUGACUUUCUAGAUAUUUCCAUCACACCACCUAACCGCUUACCGCCCAUACGCCGUCAAAGGCCGUAUUAGUUAGCAGACAAAGUAUGCUGCAAGCGUUACUACAUUGCUAGCAAGAUUUUACUUUUAAGGUAUCUUUCAUUAGCGUUAUUUUCAUUUCGAUGAAUUUGCCCGUUUAAGAUUUUAUAUGAAAAAAGAAUGUAUACGCUCUUAAUGAAUGCGUACGAUUUGAAAAUUUGCUGUCAGACAAAAGGUAUAAAGUCAUUGGGAUAAUACAAAACAAAAUCUAAUAAAAACUCAAUUAAAAAUUAUAGUUUAUAAUUAAAGUUGUAAAUAUUGAUAUUUUUGAUAGCUUAAAUAUUAACAUUUUAUGUAUAUGUUAUAAGUAUUAGAAAGCUAAUUCCUGUAGAUGGAAUUCGGCCGUCUGGAUUUCUUCUUGCCAAUCUGUGUCAUGUCAAUCUCAAUACCAUUCGGCAAAACAGCUGUAUUUUGUUCGUAAUUAAUGAAACCAUUUUGUUGAAGUUCUUCUUCCGUUUCACGUGUGUUGGGAUCGCAUUUGAUGCCGGUCUCAUAGUGGUACUCACGUUUGUUACCAUCGGGAUCAAUGUAACCAUAUGUGCCCCUAGAAGCAAAAUACAAAAUAUUAUCGUCGUUUUAGACAAAUAUAGAAGGGACUCACUUCGUAAUACAGUCUGUGCCUAUGAUUUCCUCCUUGAAUGAGCCAUCAUCAUUCUCAUAACCCCAGGUAAUGCUGCCAUCAUCAUUCUCCUCACGCCAUUUGCGUAUUGUUUGAGCGACGGGACGUUGGCGACGUUGCUGUGGUUGCUCACGCUCCUCUUGUUGCACUUGAUUGUAUUCAAUUGCCGGUCGUGCAGGUGCUGGACGUGGACGAGAACGUACAGGUGCUGGUGCCGGUUGUGGUGCGGAUUGCGCUUCAUACUGUGGGCGUUGUUCACGCAACUGUGGACGUGUGCGUAUAACAUUGACACGCUGUUGUGGCUGCUGUGGCGCCGGUGCUGGUGCAGGUGCACUCUGUUGUGGACGUUCCAAACCAAAACGUUGCGCACCAAAGCUACCAAUGCCGUAGUCAUUGAAGACGGGUCGAUUGUUAGACGUUGUUGCUGCAACAGGUGCAGCGGGUGUGGGGCGUUCGGUGAAGCGCGUCGAUGGCAAGGCAGGUUGCGGUGAUGGCGCCAAUAUAUGCUCAUCCUCUUGCAACAAUUGUGGCAAUGAGGGUGUAUCAUGUAUGGUAUUCACUUCGCCAUUGAGGAAAGCAUUUGCUUGUUGUUGGAAUUGUGCUUGUUGCGCCUGCACCAAUUGUUGCUCGCGUAACAGUUGUGGCAAGAAGACAUCGGGUUGUUCGUCUUCAGUUGACUCGGUUACAGGUUUGGGCUCCUCUUGUAUGCGUGGCGCCACCGACGGUAUGUAGGAGUUUUGUGCGCGCAAAGCGAUUGGGCGGCGUACACGCACCAGCUUAUCAUUGCGGAAUUGUGGCCUUCCGGCGACCACUUGUCCACCCACAGGUGCAGCACCAGGUAUGCUUAAUCUUGGCGGAAAUGGCCCCUGCGCUUGUACAACCAGUAACAGCGAUGUUAGGGCCAAACAGCUGGCGAAC